AGUCGACAUGGCCGACGAGUUUCCAUAUGCGCUCUGUGUGGAGGGCCAGUGGGACCCCAAAACUCCCAAAAUAAAGAAUAAACUGACCAUCUACUUCCAAAGUAAGAAAUCGGACGGAGGAGACUGUGGGGUUGACAGUGACGAUACUGACGGACGAAGAGCAACUGUACGAUUCAGAGAAGUGGAAGUGAGACAGCGAGUUCUGCUGAAAAACACGCAUGAGUUAAAGAUCGGUCAACAAACUUUUACCAUGACUGUGGGACUUCCGCCAUCAGAAGCCUCAAAACCUGACGAAUCGGCGUCUUCGGCCAGCAAACUUUCAUCAGAACCAAUCCAACACUCUGUGGGUUUGGAAAUUACCAAAAGGAAGGCAGAACCGUGUUCAGUGCAGCAGUCUUCAACACUAGACCUCAAAAAGCCAAGGCUUUUGGGUGAACUGAAGAGCGAAGCCCUAAAGGAGGCUGAGCCAAUUGAGGAGGAAGAAGAAACCACCUGUAGACAAGCUGUAAUUGAAAACGUACAAAAUGUUUCUCAAGAUUUUCUUGUAAUGUUGGUGGAAAAUGUGCUCAAGGGAAGUACUGCCGAGUCAAAAGACUUCAGUAUUGAAGUAAUACCAGAGAGCAACUGUGCAGUAGUGACAUUGUCCAGCAACAAGGAUCUACAAAACUUCAUUAUGUCCGGCUCAGGCAAUACAAUCAUGAAAAAGAAAAACAUGAAUGUCCGAUUACUUGAGAUGACAUCAAAGGUGAAAGCCGAAGGUUUACCUCCCAGUACAGUUUCUGAAAUCCUUCCGCUAUAUUUUGAAAGAUUCGGGGAAGUAGAGGAUGACGUGGUUAUGUUUGAAAACGAUCAAUCAGCAAUAAUCACUUUUAAAGAUCCCAAAGAUGUUUGUAAGGUCAUCAAUGUGCAACAUAAUCUUAAAAAGCAGCCCUUCAGAGUACUGCCAUACUAUGAAACUUUGCAAACAGCUCUUUAUGGUAAAAACAGACCCUGCCUGAGACUUCCAGAGGAAUUUACUGAAAACAUAGAUCCGACUUUAUGGCAUCACUUAAACAAGAGCCAAAAAUCCCUGGAUGUGAUCACCCGAGCUAUGUCCACUUCUUUUUGCAAGAUGGAUUUAAGUUCGCCAGCAGUCAGCAUCACCCCUUUGCCUUCCCUUCUUCAGCAAGGCGGGCAAACAAGAAAACUCAUCCAGACUUGGCGAGAAAACACCUCCACCGUGUUCUCAGCAUCAAUGUCUAACUUCAAAUCCUUUGAGCUCGACAUUCAAAAAGACGCAUGGAGUGAAAUAGAACCUGAAAUUAAGAAAGCAGUAGCAGCGGCACCAGUCACACUCGUUCCCGAAGUACAUCAGGGGUCAAUGGCUGUAGUCGGCUUGAAAGAAGAUGUGACCAGAAUUGAGACCGUUCUUGAAGACAUUGUUGAGACAGUCACUAAAAGAAUCCAAAGGGAGAAGGGAAGUGUGACAGAAGACAUCGAUAUGUCUCCAUCUAUUCACAAGAUUGUUUUCUGUGAUGAUGUGAAGCAGAAAUUUUGUAACACAUUUCCAGAACUGGAGAUAAAAUACCUGGCGCACAAUCAAAAGAUAACUCUCUACGGCCUAAAAACUGAAGUGCUGGAAACAAAAAAUAAAAUACUAGAGGAUUUUGUUAGUUUAAUCCGAAAACCAGUGGAACUACAUCAGUCUCUUUUAGACUUUCUCCAUAACAAGGACCUUGAGGAAAUGAGCACAGCUUUGUUUUUUACCAAAAGGAUCAAUGUAGCAUUGGAAGUUAAAGACGAGAGAGCCGUGCUUAUUGGCAAAACAGACAUGGCUUUGAAGGACGGUGAGAAACAACUGAAAACACAGCUGGGUUACCUGAGCUUUGAUGUGGAAGAUGCUGGUGUUUUGAGAAGAUCAGAUUGGCAAGACAUCGUCUCUAACAUUAAAAACACAGAAUCAAGAGUCACAAUACAGACGACUGUCAACCAAGUGCUCAUUUCUGGCUUUGCCCCGUUCAUCAAAGACGUUGAAAAACAGUUACGUGAUUUUGUUCAGGAAAACUCUUGCAUUGAGAAAAGCCUAAAGGCUCACAAGACCGUGAUCACGUUCAUACAGGAUCAUCAAACGCAAGACUGGUUUGAGGAGGUGAAAGGGAAAGUCAAUGUGCAAUUCAAAGAUGAAAACAUAGUGAUCAGUGGGCCGAGAUUUCAUGUCUCUCACUAUGUGCCAAUGUUUGAGAAGCUGCUCACAUCUACACACCACUGCAUCAUGAAAAUAGCCAAACCGGGAGCGAAGAAGUUCUUCAAAGAAAAAGAGUCCAUGUAUGUUCCAUUAGCCAAGACGAAAACGGGUUGUCUGGUGCAGUUAAUAGAUGAGGACGAUCACCACGGUCCAGUCAAAUCAGCCAUAAAGCAUGUUUAUCAAUUUAAAACACCGGAGGGUGUGGAAAUCACAGUUAACAAAGCGGACAUGUGUACAUUUCAAGCGGACGCGGUAGUCAGCGCCAGCAACGAGGCUCUCGUCCUGGAUGGAGGAUUAUCAAAGGCGCUUUCUAAUGCUGAUGCUAAUCUUCAGGAUGCCUGCAAGCAGUAUGUCACAAAGAGGAAGGUGACAGUUGGCGACGCUGUCGUCUUGGACGCUGGAGGACACCUGAGAUGCAAACACGUCAUCUUUGCGUUAGCACCGCAGUACAGCCCUGCCAAACACCAUGAGGCAGUGGGUCUUCUGAAGAAAACGGUUAAGAAGAGUUUGAAUCGGGCCGAUCAGGAAAACUGCCAGUCUGUGGCGAUCACAGCCAUCGGCUCUGGCGGGUUUCAGUUUCCUCCAGACCUUUGCGCAGACACCAUUGUGAAAUCGAUUAAAGAGUUCUGCGAAUUUGUUGGGGACAGCGUUCUGAGGACCAUACACCUGGUUGACAAUAAUGAUGUAACAGUUCAAGCUUUUGAGGCUGCUGCCAAGAAAAUCUAUGGAGUCAGUGCAGUUGGUCUGGGGGCAACGGGGGGCAGUUCAAGCAGCCAACAGCAAAGCCAAGCCAAAGCAAGUUCUUCUCAAAGUCAAGUCCACAGUACUGCACCCUCUCAAGGGGCAUCGCAGAGUGUUCAAACAAAAGAAGGUUUAACCAUCAGCCUUAUGAAAACCAACAUUGAGGACACAACUAUGGAUGUUGUUGUGAACACUCUCAGCAGCGACUUGAAUCUAGGUGUAGGAGCUGUUUCAAAUGCUCUUCUGAAAGCUGCUGGUCCACACCUUCAGGCUCUGCUCAAUCAGCAAGCCACAGCCCCAGCAAAUAUUGGAGCAGUCAUUGUAACAGAAGGUGCAAACCUAAAGAACAAAGAGGUGUUUCAUGCAGUUGCACCGCACUGGAAUCAGGGACAAGGCAAUGAGCAGAAGGUGCUGGAAAACAUCAUUGAUGAAUGUUUGAAUCAGGCAGAGCAGCGUCAACGGAAAUCUAUCGUAUUCUCUGCUAUCGGUACAGGAAAUCUGGGAUUUCCAAAACCACUGGUGAUCUGCUCAAUGCUGGAAUCAGCUCUUAAGUUUAGCAGUAAAAGAAGUACAAAGAACGUGCAGGAAGUAGCAUUUGCUCUUCACCCCAAAGAUGCACAAACCAUCCAGGUAUUUACAGAUGAGUUCAACAAGAAGUUUAUGAUCCAGUCUGCCUCAACCAAUAAUCCCACACAACAGCAGAGCCCAGGCCCCUUCUCGAAGGUCACAAGCAAAUCUGGAAUUUAUGAGACUAUAGUGGGAGGAGUAACACUUCAGGUUCUUUGUGGUGAAAUCACUGCUGAGAAAACCGAUGUCAUUGUGAACUCCACCACUAAAGAGUUUACACUGAAAGCAGGUGUCUCAAAGGCUAUUUUGGAUAAAGCUGGUCCAAACGUAGAAGCAGAGUGUCUGCAACUUGGAUCCCAACCCAACAAAGGACUGAUAAUGACACAAGCAGGAAAUUUACAGUGCAAAAAGAUCAUUCACAUUGCAGCACAAAGCAAUGCUGCUCAUAUCCUAAAACGGGUUAAAAGGGCUCUGGAAAAAUGUGCAAAGGAAAAGUUCACCUCCAUUUCAUUUCCGGCUAUUGGUACAGGACAAGCAGGGCUAUUUCCAGGUCAAGUAGCAGAUUGCAUGAUGGAUGCUGUGGUGGAAAUGGUAGGACAGAAUCCUCAGUCUUCUCUCAAGUUGAUCCGAAUAGUCAUCUUCCAGGCGCCCAUGCUCAAUGACUUCUACAAGAGCAUGCAGAAUCGAGAAUACACUGUCAUCCAACAGAAGGACACUAUUUACUCAAAAAUUAAAACAUAUGUUUCUACUUUCACAUCAUUCUUUACCGGAACUUGGGAGAAAGAAAUCAAACAACAUGGCGGUAAAGACAUUGUCAUUGAAGGCAUUAAAGUUGAUCCAGCCUGUUUUUCUAUCUGUGGCCCGACACCAACAGCGGUGGACAAAACAAAGGAGUUCCUAGAAGAAAUGAUCUCACAGGACCAAGCAUUCCAGAAAAUCACUGACACAGCAAUUCUGAGCUUUUCAGACAAAGACCAACAGCGAAUCCAAGAUAUGCAAAGCACGUUAGGUGUAUCUAUAAGGCUGGAAUACAAAGUCCAAAAAGAUUCAGAGAGUUCCCCAGGAGAAGCCACACUCAUAGUAGAAGGUCUCACUCGAGAUGUCCUAAUAGCCUUUCAGGAAAUCCAAGACAUGCUCAAAAGCGCGAAAGACGAGCAGAUACUGAAGAAAGACAUUGAACAUGCGAGCGAGCUUGUGGAAUGGCAGUAUGAACAGGGAGGCCAAUAUAAGAGUUUUGAUCAACGUAUGAACUUUGAGUUGGAAAAGACCCUGGAUAGAGGAGCUGCAGACGUCAAAAUCUCUUUCCAAGGCCAGGAUUACCAGAUCAAACUGCCUGAAGGUCCUGCAAUCAGUACCACCGGUGGCAACCAGAUGAACAUCAGACGCAUUGACAAACUGAAAGCAACUGAAAGCAUUCCACAGCAUUGGGGUGCCAUGAAUCCUACACAGUUGUUCGCAAUAUUCGCAUUGAAAGCAGGAGAUGCUGAAUACAAUGAUGUCUUGGUACUCUUCCAGGCCACUUGUGCUAACCACAAUGUUUUGAAGAUUGAACGAAUCCAGAAUCCUGGCAUGUGGAAGAACUACCAGAAUAACAAAAGUGUCAUGGAGCAAAAGAACGGUCAUCAAAACAAUGAGAGAAGACUGUUUCACGGAACCAGUGAACAGACUAUGAGUCACAUCAAUCAGAGGGGAUUUAAUCGCAGCUAUGCAGGAAAAAAUGCUACAGCAUAUGGAAAUGGAACUUACUUUGCCCUUAACGCCAACUAUUCUGCUAGCAACACAUACUCGGUGCCUAAUGCUCAGGGACACAAGUACAUGUACUUCUGCAGAGUGCUUACUGGAGACUACACUCAAGGACGUGCAGGAAUGAUUAUCCCUCCUCCAAAAAACAACACUGCUGAUCUGUAUGACACAGUCGUCGAGAACACCGUCGCUCCGACCAUUUUUGUGGUAUUCAGGGAUGAUCAGGCUUACCCAGAAUAUUUAAUAACUUUCACUUAGUCAAUGAAGAUGAAUGAUUGCACAGUAAACCUAAAGUGCCUUAGCAUAUAAACUAAAUAAGAUAAAAGUCAGGCAAAAAAGCCCUCUUGUAUCUGUGGUUUAAAGGGCUUUAAUUGGUAAAGAAACUGUAAAAUGCAUGAAUAGUUUAACCACUCCCAUUGAUCAACUUUCCUGAAGACCCACAGCACUGCAUAUUUUGUAUGUUGACCUCAUUUAUUAUACCCGACUCAGAGUGGGUUGAGUUGUUCUGAUAUACUGAAUUUCUGUUGUGAAUCUUUAACUGAAACGUUAUACAACUGUACGCUGAAAAACAACAGCACUUUAAAUAAAGAUUUACACACCUUUAAA